UCCGAUCUAAUCUGUGAGGGUGGAGCGGAGGACCAACUUCAACAUAUAAAAUUUAUCCGCGAAUAAAAUGUCAUAGAAUGAACCUUACAUCGGCAAUAUAACAAUUCUUAAUUAUUCAAGUUCCCAUGCCAAAUAGCCAUAACUUUAGUGCUGCAAUUAUGCUGACAAAAAGUAAAGGGGCAAGUUAUGUCGUUUCCGCGUACCUUUUUUUUCGAGGCUUAUAAAUAAGGAAGCGUUUUCUUCCGCAUUGUAGUGUUUAUGCCCAGAGACAAGAUGUUCGCAUUGACUUCAUUAAUUGAGCAAUUAAUUCGUGUUUUGUUGUAAAACUGUAGCCUACAGUAUGAAUUGAAGACUGUCAAGGCAUUCCUAAGAACAAUGUGAUAUCACCGAGUCCAGAAAUAAUAGCCCUCGCCGGACGAAUUCAUCCUUUACAACUUCCACAACAACGUCGAUGUUUUCUAUUAGUUUUCCAUACUGACUCAGCCAAGGUGUACUGAACUGAGGGAUUUUAAAAUGGCUGAACAAAGUCAGACCAAGGAAGAAGCACAAAUCAGGCAGAUAGAAUUACCUGCUGAGAUUGAGACCUGGACUAAAGACCAUGUCAAACAGUGGAUUCUCAAAGAGAAUCUUGCGGACACUGCCGAUGCUGAGAUCCUGCAUGGACAGGACGUUACUGGGGCCAGCCUCCUCUUGCUUGACAAGUCAGACCUCCGAGAAUUAGGCAUCAAGUUGGGACCAGCAAAACUCAUCCUUAGCAAGAGGGAUGAACUUGUGCAACUUAAAGAGGGUCAAGUUGGCAGUCAAGGCGGUCAGUCCCACAGACUCUGCAAGCCCUACCCUUUUCACAGGUACCACGAUGCCUGCCGAUACAAAUCGAACAGCAUCCUGGAUGUGACCGAGUCAGGUGCGUCGGAUUUUAUUGAACCCUGCCACGAAUUCAAAGCAUUCAUCCACACAGACAAAGCCAGCGCUGAGGACAAAAUGAAGAAGUUUACCGAUGAGGUCAUCCGCUUCGCGGCAGCCUGCAUGAACAGCCGCACCAACGGCACCAUUCAUUUUGGUGUGGGCGACUUACCAGAUUUCACUCAUGGGCAGAUUCUGGGAGUUGUUGUUCAGGACAAAGAAGCUUUUGUGAAUGGAUUACACCGGGCUGUAGAUGGUCAUUUUGAACACAAACAUAUUGAUGUUGCAAAGAAAUGCAUUAAGCCCCCUCGAUUUGUUCAGGUUCUCAACCCGGAUAUGACAUCCUCUGAAAAUUAUGUGAUCGAGGUGGACGUAGUGCCAGCGUAUCAGGUCUGUCAAGAGGACGUCUAUCACGUCUACAGUGUCAACAAGAGAAAGGGGAGAAAAAAAGGCCAAGGCCAAGAAAAGGACAAGGACAAAGAAGAAGAAGAAGAAGAGCGCAAGUUAUUCUUCAUUCGUGAUGGUACCAGCAGCCGAGAUCUCCUGGCUCACAACAGUCAGAAGAAGGAAUACACUAAAUUCACUGAGGACAUCAAGCUGCUGUCACAGUUGAGAAGAGAAGCAGAGAACAAACGUUUGACUGCUGUGAAAGGAAGUGUCCAGGGAUCCAGGCUCAGUGAAAUGCUAACAGGUGGAUCUCAGUCUUUGGAUAAAUCCCACUACGAGCAGUAUUUAUUGAUAACCAACAAAUCACAUGCUAUGCAGUUGGAAUCCCUUGAAUUUCUUUGUGAGAUGAAUCUGACUGCUGUCUUGGAUUUAGACCCAGAGUCUCAAGAAAAUGGACUGUGUAAGUACUUUGAAGAGCGCCGGAAGAUAAAUACCCAUUUUCCAAAGAAUUAUAAGAUUACAGAGGCAGUCGAGAACAUAGCAGAAAAACUUAAACUUACCAAGCAUACCAGUUGGGUGUUCUGCAAUGGGCAUACCAAAAAAGAGAAACCUUCAGACGCAGAUCAAUGGUCAACUGAAAAAGGAGCUUCUGUACGAAGUGUUGUUUCUUUCCUGUGUCGCAAAGAUGUACUUCCUCAGAAAAGGUUCCUGGUUGUCUUCUUGUUGUUAUCCAGUGUGAACGACAGAAUGGACCCUCUGCUUGAGAUCUUCAGUAUGUUUCGGCAAGAGCUUCAAGGCACUGAACAGAUCCUGUGCAUCUGUGAGAACGAGGGAGCUUUCACUUGCUGGAAUGACCUAAUUGAGGCACUCCAUAGUCAAGACAUCUCAGCAAGGUCUAUCUAUGAGCUCAGCCUCGCUGAGGUUAAUGGAACUGUGCUGAGCUUGUGGUCAGACAAUCGCAGGUCGAGCCGCUUCUUGCCAAGUGGGGGAACCUGCAAGGUCCACCUGAGAAAAAAGAUGGAGGAAAGCUUAGACACCCUCAGCAUUCUCUGUGUCAACCAGUGUGAAGGAGGCACUGAAGAGAAGAAGUCCCUGGAGGAAAGCUUCUACAGAGGAGAGAAGGUGUCCUGGUGGAACUUCUAUUUUGCUGAGCAGCCGGAAUCCAUGCCAUUUAUCAAGAGAGACAAGUAUGGCUUCAUUAAGGACACCAUUAUUCCAGAACUGUGUUCUUUGAGGCAAGCCUGUGUGUCCUUCAACUUACUGCAUGUCCCAGGUUGUGGGGGCACCACACUUGCAAAGCAUAUCUUGUGGUCACUAAAGAACACAUUUCGCUGUGCUGUUCUGAGGGACACGGCAGAAGACUUCGCUGAAAUUGCCAGGCAGGUGGUUCAGCUACUGCUUUAUGAGGCAGCAGAAUGCUCCAGAAAGUUACCUGUGCUGCUGAUGAUAGAUGACUUUGAAGAAUUGGAUGCAGUAUAUCGUCUGCAGCAGCGCAUUGAUGAAGAGUUUGUUAAGAAGGACCUUGGUUCAAGUGGCCCACAAGUCAUACUGCUCAAUUGCAUGAGAACAGAAUCCAUGGAACAGACUGAAGCAACAAAGGACACUGUUUUCAUUGGGAAUAACCUUUCAGAGUCAGAGCAGGAACAGUUCCAGAAGAAGCUGAAGGAAAUUGAGAAGACGCACAAGAAUGCAGACACAUUCUAUGGUUUCAUGAUCAUGAAGAAAAACUUCUCAAGAGAAUACAUUGAGGGCAUUGCUCGAAAUACACUCAAGAACUUCAACUUUGAAAGCAAACCUGCUCAGAUUUUUGCUGCGCUAGUGUUGCUGAAUGUUUACUGCAAGGGAGCAGUACUCUCAGUUUCUCUCUGCGAAGAGCUUCUGGGAAUGCAGACAGAGCCAUGUUGUGCCUACCAAAAAGUCGAGGAUAGGUUUGGGAAGUUCUCUACACUCCUGACCCGUUGCACUGUGGAAGCUAAGGUGGUCUAUAAGGCACUUAGGACCAUUCAUCCCUGUGUGGCAGAGUGCUGUUUACAGCAAGUUGUGACCACCUACAGUGUUUCAAGAGCUGAGAUUUUGAACAUGCUGUUGACUGACAGUACGUUUUACGAGUGCACACAGGGGAGAGAUAAACUCAUGUGGGAUGUGCGCAACAUGUUGGUGAAGCGGUAUCGCUUGGAGGAGGAAAGUCGGUUCUCUCCUGUAAUCUACGCCAUUGCCAAGGACACACCAGGGGCUGAGGAAAUGGUCUUGAACAAUGCAGCAAAGCGCUUUGAGAAAGAUGCGAUCGUCUCUCAGCUUCUUGCCAGGUACCACUACCUGAAAAAGAAGGAUUUCAUGCUAGCAAAAGAGUGGGCUAGGAGAGCCAAAGAGAUUUCCCCAAAAAGCUCCUACAUGUCUGACACAUGUGCACAAGUCAUUAAGCAUGAGCUGAAGCAUGCCAUUGUGGGUAGCAAAGAAGACAAAGAUCCUAUGACACCACAAAAACUCAGGGAUUGUCUUAAAAUUGCAAGAUCUGCACAAGAUGCCUUCAGAGAAACCCAAAAUAUCGCCAAGAGGGAGAUUGCACUCAGAGCCAAAGUGUGGAGAGAUAACACCCCUUACAAUAUAGCUGGUUACCUUGGAGAAAUCAACGUUGCUGUGAUCAUCUUGGACAUUUUGGAAAAGGUCCCUGUUUUUUCUUCAUCUAAUGCUGCACAACACAGUAUCAUGGAACGGGUCCUGUCUGGAAAAAUAAAAAUCCAGGAUGUUGGCAGGAAUGACAAGAAGCAAAAACAUGCAGAGUAUUAUCAGGUGCUUGAAGAGUUUGGUGAACUUAUUUGUAACCUUAAGAGCACAAUGAAAAAUCUCUUCAAUUUCCUGGAUGCCUUCUUUGUUGACCUGGGGCCACGAUACUCCCAGAGAGACAAACAAAAGGAAAGAACCGCGGAAGAGCUUUCUAAAUGUUUCCGUCGCUACGUUGAACUUUUCUGCAAUUCAGAUGCCACUGAAUUUCAGAUGAGCAAGAACCUGAACACCAUGGCAAAGAUUCAUGAGGGUUGGAAAUUUCUGGAGUUGCACAAAGCUGACACUCAUUUUGGGCUCCUUGACAGCCUCUCAAACAAGACCUCCGGUGGAACAAUGGAGGACAUUGUGAGGACGUAUGAAUUCAAUCAGAAAACAUCUCAGAUGGGCAGGACAGUGAAGACCAAAGUGAAUUACAUCUAUGCUAACAUUGUACUUGCAGCCAUCAAACCAGCAUCUAAAUGCAUAUUGCCAUACACAGAACUCCUGAAUUUACUGUGUGAGGUUCUUAGAGAUUACAUCCCACACGAGGACAGCAGGGCUUUGCACUUCAUUGCAGUCGCUCUUUUGUGGCCAGGGUCAAAUCCGCUUGCAGUAGCUGAAAGGUUUUUGCCAGUAAUAAGAAGUUAUGUCUCUCAGCUGAGGACCUCAUUCUGGCAAGAGAUGGGAUCUGUUUGGCAUGCCAAGAAACCUGUGGUCCAUUUCUACUUGGGAAAGAGGCAUGGCUACGGUCGUCUGGUCAGCCGUGCAGAUGUAGAGAAGUUUGCUGGCGCACAGUCUGGUUGCCUGGGGGAAAGUGAAACAUGGAAGCAUGGGAAAAUCCAGGACCUUCUCUUCAGAGCAUACGGCAUGGUGCAGAGACAGAAGAUUUUUGCGGACACACCGAACCCAGAUGUAAAAAUUGAGGUCAAUCCAGUGUACAAAAGCCAGUUGUGUGGAGGGGAACACAGGAGGGUGUCCUUCUUCAUUGGCUUCUCUAUGCACGGCCCACUAGCAUUCGACAUAAAGUUUCUCUAAACCGUCAGGUUUAUUACCCAACCGAAUGAAACUAGCCAGCCUUAACCAGCCUGAAUCACAAGACCACGAAAGAAAGGUUUGGAAUCUUCUGAGUCACUCCUCCUGAAAGACUUCCCAUCGCUAUUGCGGAGAGUUCGUGGCACCUUUUGAUAUUUUGAUGUUGCCACUUGAUAUGUUUAUUCAUUUUCAUGACCGCACUGAAAUGUUUUCUGUCACUGCACUGAAUACGAGGUGACUAGCUGUCCCCAUCUCUGCAUGGCUGCUUAUCACCGGAUCGCUGUCUCUGGAUUUCCUUAAUGAUAAUGUUAUAUGAUUAUAUGAAUGGCUUUACAAAGAUGGGUUAUCCGACUUGUGGUAUUUGCUUUUAUGACUAUACAAAUUGUUUUUUGUUUGGCUAAUAUAGCACUUCUGUGUUUUGAUGUUGUAACACUUUUGUAUUCUUGAGACUAACACUGAUGUUCUCUAGUACUCUAGUUAGUAGUUUCAUGUAACCGCAUCUGCUAAGUGACUUUAAUGUAAUGCAUACCGUGGUGUUUUUAUGGUUUUAAGUUUUUGAUGUUACAGCUUGUUACAUACGUACACUACAUGGCCAAAAUUAUGCGACACCUGACAUACAACAUCUCAUUCAAAAUUAUGGGCAUUAAUAUGGUGUCGGUCCACCCUUUGUUGCUGUAACAACCUCCACUCUUCUCGGAAGGCUUUAUACUGGACAUUGGAGCACUGCUGCAGGGAUUUGCCUCCAUGCAGCCAGAAGAGCAUUAGUGGGCACUGAUGUGUUGGAUGGGGUUGAGGUCAGGGCUUUGUGUAAGCCAGUCAAGUUUUUCCACAUUGUGCACAACAGAAUAAUUUCUGUCUGGACCUUGCAUUGUCAGGCUGAGACUAGAAAAAAAAAAAAGAAUUGUCUAAAAUGUGACUGGUAGCGUUAAGAUUUUUCCUUCACUGGAACUAUGGGGCCUAGCCCAAAACAUGGAAAACAGCCCCAGACAAGUGGUGUCCAGAUACUUUUGGUCAUGUAGUGUAUAUAAUGUGUAUGUAUGCCAGAUGUGUAUUUUGCCUCUUUGUUAGCACUGCUAACUUAAUUAGUGCUUUAGUGCCAUCGCAGGCACACUCCGUAGUCUAGCGUAGGUUUUUUUUUUUUGUCUGGGUCUGGAUUUAUUGCUCUUAUAUGAGAUGAAUGCACUGAAUGUUCUCUUAUACUUCUUAUUCGAUUCAUUUUUUUAUUUUUUUUGCUGAAAUAUACAUUCAUUUAACAGUAAUAUAUAAUUCUGUAAGCUUUGUGCUGCACACUUUGCAGAUUUCACUGUCUGUUAAAAUCGAAUUAUGUGUAAUUAAGUUACUAAAUGCAUUAUGUGUAAUUAAGUUACUGAAUAUUUGUUACUACGCUGGUGUCCAUGAGGACAAAAAACAGUAAACACUCAGUCCUGUACAGAAAAGGCAGGCUGAAUUGUAAUCAUGUUUUAUAUUGUUGGAAAAGUGAUGUCAUGGGGAACAAGUUGGUGUCUUUAAUGGUAGGGUGCGGAGUAAAGAUCUUGAUAUUUAUGGGUCCGCGCCCAGCCAUAUACAAAGGUUACCCAGGUAUGAUAUGCUUACAGAGGUAGUGCAAGCAGGAUCAUUUAUCUAUACUGUUGUGUCAUGAUCGUGCCUUUAUCUGAUGACCUGGUGUUUUGCUUUGGUCUUUUUGUAUAUACAGUAAGCAGAGAAGUGCAAUGGUUUGGAGAGACUCGUCAACAUGGUCUCCUGGGUGUAUUAGCCAUGUAUAAGUUUAGCCAUUUCACCACUCACAUUUAUUACCGUUAUAUAUUGUCACUAUUACUAGAGGCACUGAACAAUAAACUGCAUUAAUUUUAACCUGA